GUCAUAUUUGUGUUUUUACAUUGUUGACAUUAAAUUUUGACAGGCCAGCAUUUGACAGUAUCGGUCGAGGAUUCCCCAAUGCGCAUGCGCAAUUGUGGAAACUGACAUGGCGAACGAAGGCGAAAAAGUGUUGUCGGAAAGUCUUUUAAAACGUCCUCGACUGAACGAAGACAACAGUUUGAGCGACAGUAGUCGGCCAAAAAUGCAACGAACCCAUUUGCCAAACUGUACAUCUACUGAGAUCGGAAAAAUUGAAGAUAAAACCAUGGAAACGCUCAAUUCCAGCACUUUUUGUAACCCCUUGACUGGUACACAUUCAUCUAAUUAUGACAUUGAAAGCAAAGUUCAUGAAGACCGCACAGCAGAUGAGUGUGAUGAUGAAGAGGAUGCUGAAGCUUCACUGGGAGAAAACUCAUACGACUCGGACAGCGUCAGUGAAAUCAGUGACCUGUCGGGACUGAGCGAGGAAGCGUGGAAGCCAGUUGCUGGUCCUCUGUCUUGGGUUCAGAGACAGAUGGCACUGGGCAACAAUCCCCGCAUCAUUCUCAGCGAACUGGUGUCGUCGGACACCGUUAUACCUCACGACCUGGAUGACUUCACGCUGUGGAAAAUCGUCAUUAAUCUCAUCUGUGAGCCGGCGCCGCGCAAGAAACUACAGCAUAUCAACACCAUGGACGAUGUAGUCCACCUACUGAAGACCUGCAGCAGAGUGAUGGUGUUGACUGGGGCUGGAGUAUCUGUGUCCUGUGGUAUUCCAGACUUCCGAUCGCGGAAUGGAAUCUAUGCACGACUGAACAUCGACUUCCCCGACCUGCCGGAUCCACAAGCAAUGUUUGACAUCAAGUAUUUCCAGAACGAUCCCCGUCCAUUCUUCAAAUUUGCCAGGGAGAUCUACCCAGGUCAGUUUGAGCCGUCAAGGAGUCACAAGUUUAUUCGUCUGAUAGAACAACACGGCAAACUGCUGCGGAACUACACACAGAACAUCGACACGCUCGAACAGGUGGCCGGGAUCUCGAACAACAUUCAAUGUCACGGGUCCUUUGCAACUGCCACGUGUAUGUCCUGCAAGUAUAAAACAGAUGCUGACUCUAUCCGUAAGGACAUCUUUAAUCAGGUGAUCCCGCGAUGUCCGAACUGCCCGUCUGAUAACCCACUUGCUGUUCUCAAGCCAGAUAUUGUCUUCUUCGGAGAAAGUCUUUCUGAUGAGUUCCACCAACAGAUGGCCAAAGAUAAAGAUGUUUGUGAUCUGCUCAUUGUCAUCGGGUCAUCUUUAAAAGUUCGUCCUGUUGCUCUUAUUCCAAACUCUCUACCUGCUGACGUUCCUCAAGUGCUGAUCAACCGUGAACACUUGGAGCACAUGAAGUUUGACGUGGAGCUGCUUGGUAACUGUGACGAGAUCGUCUGUGAACUGUGUCGCCGCUUGGGGCACGGCUGGGAGGUACCAGGGUAUGACGCGCCCCGCCUCACAGAAAUCCAGUACUGCCAGCUCGACCUGCUGUCUCCGACAACUGUCGCCACUAGUCCGUGUUUCAGUGACGAGUCGGGGAUACUGACCAGCGAGCCUGUUCCGUGUGAUCUGAACGAUAAUAAAACACCGUCUUGUCAGCUGAACAGCUCGGCCGAACACAUCACGGAGCCAGUGCCAGACGUGGACUCGUCGUGUAAACCUGCACGGACGGAUGCACGCAGUUGUCAAUCCAGUGACAGUGUGUUGAAAUGUCAUUCAACCUGUGCUCGCCGACGGAGACACUCGUCGCAUAGCACGGUGAUGGAAAACGAUGACACGUGCUACUCGCGAGACAAAUCGCUAGAUGAGCGACGCAGGAUUUGGUCCAGUUCCGAGAGAUACAGCUUGGCCAGGAGACUGAAAGGUAAGCACAGCACGAGGUGUAAUGACAGGAUUUGGUCCAGUUCCGAGAGAUACAGCGUGGACAGGAGACUGAAAGAUGAUCAGUAUCUGUUUCUUCCUCCGAACCGCUACAUAUUCCAUGGAGCGGAGUUCUUCUCCGAUCCCGAAUCGUCCGAGUCCGACAUGGACCUGACUGCUGACACGUCGCCUGAGUUAUCAUUGUCACUCGAGACGAGCGCCAGGUGUGAGGCGCAGGAGGCACAAGACAGUGGCGAUAGAGUCGGUGAAUCUCAUGUUGUCAUGACGACGCACACAGACAGCGCUUGUGUAGCUCCCUUAUCAACAGUUGGCGAUAGUUCAAAAACAUGUGAUGUAGUUAAAUCUGAUUGUUCACGUGAAAGCAAGAGUAACAUUAAUGUGAAAGUGGGUUAAUAUUUUUUACUGCUGUUUUCCCUCUGUUGUUAUUGUUGGAGAUAAAUUCAGCAUAGAUUGUUAGCAUUUCCUCUUGUGGCGACAUGACAGAGAUUCAUCUAAAGGGACAAAACAUAACUUCCAUUUUCUGUUUGUGUUGCUGUCUUGUCAUUUAAUACGGGUUAAAUUGAACGGAAGUGAAUGGCUGCAUCAUUUAAAAAAAAAAUCAGCGGUUAGGUGAUAGGAGUGUUUAAAUUGAGACUUGUUGUUUAGGAAUAUUGAUGUGGCAGGGCUAGAUCUACCACUCGCCAAAAUUGCAAAUUGCAAAUUCUAAGAACAGCUGGCCAAUUUGAUUUAAAUUUAGCACAACUGCUGUCUGUAACUAUGAUUAAAAUAGGUGGAUUUCUGCAUGUGAGAUUUCUUCCACUCAAUGUUUGCCUUAAAAAGAAAAUUGGCUACUUUGGAUUCAUGUUAGUUUGGUGGUUUGUAAAAUCUGACUUUGGUGCUGUAAUUUGUCAACAUGUUCUAUACUACAGGACCCAUUCUGAUAUAGUAAUAGUGUCCACAUACAUAUGGAGAGUUUACUACCUAAAUGCACUUGUUCAACAAAUAUACAUCAUUGCAGGGUUAAUUGUAUUUUGAUAACUGUCCACACCAGUAUACAUUUGUAUGUUAAUUAUUUACUCAAUCAAAUUAAAGCAAAAUCAGGAAAAUUCUCACAAAUAGCUAUUUGCUGAAUAGUGCAUCUGAAGCGGGCUAGGUUUUUAGUUACUUACCUAGCCAAUUGCAAUUUCAUCUUUAGUUUUGUCGGUAUAGUAGCCAUUUUGAAAAUGUUGUUUCAUGUUGAGAACAAAAUGGUGUCGACAUUCAACUUUCAUCAAAUCAGUGUGAAGUUGUAGUUGAGUGUGUCUGUUAGGCAGCAUGCAGUUUGUUUUUACAAUGCCUCCUGAUUCACGGAAAAUAACGAUACAACCUCUUGAGAUGUAGCGGCCCCCUAUCGGGUUAGGCCAGAGGGUUUUACAUGCACAUUCAGAGCAAGCUGUUGUAGUGCACGCCUGUCCUGGGCACAGAUGCCGGCAUUGGUCGGCUCCUCCGUCCAGGACAGGGGCCCCCUGUUGUGAAAGAGUUCCUCUGAGAAGAAUAAUUUGUCUCACUCUUGACCUGUAACGGCCCCCUGUUGUGAAGGAGUUUGCUUGAGAAGAAUAAUUUGUCUCACUCUUGACCUGUAAUGGCCCCGUUGUCAAGGAGUUUGCUAGAGAAGAAUAAUUUGUCUCACUCUUGACCUGUAACGGCCCCCUGUUGUCAAGGAGUUUGUUUGAGAAGAAUAAUUUGUCUCACUCUUGACCUGUAACGGCCCCCUGUUGUCAAGGAGUUUGCUUGAGAAGAAUAAUUUGUCUCACUCUUCACCUGUAACGGUCCCCUGUUAUGAAGGAGUUUGCUUGAGAAGAAUAAUUUGUCUCACUCUUGACCUGUAACGGCCCCCUGUUGUGAAGGAGUUUGCUUGAGAAGAAAAAUUUGUCUCACUCUUGACCUGUAACGGCCCCCUGUUGUGAAGGAGUUUGCUUGAGAAGAAUAAUUUGUCUCACUCUUGACCUGUAACAGCCCCGUUGUCAAGGAGUUUGUUUGAGAAGAAUAAUUUGUCUCACUCUUGACCUGUAACGGCCCCCUGUUGUCAAGGAGUUUGCUUGAGAAGAAUAAUGUGUCUCACUCUUGAGCUGUAAUGGCCCGGUUGUCAAGGAGUUUGCUUGAGAAGAAUAAUUUGUCUCACUCUUUACCUUUAACGGCCCCCUGUUGUCAAGGAGUUUGCUUGAGAAGAAGAAUUUGUCUCACACUUUACCUGUAACGGCCCCCUGUUGUCAAGGAGUUUGCUUGAGAAUAAUAAUUUGUCUUCCUAAUCGUCUCGUUUUGCCGUAGUGUGGUCACUGCUUCAUGGCCACAACUACUACAUUUCAUUUUAAUUUGAGUUUAAUCCAAUCAAGGCUGUUGUCACAGGCACACAUUUGAGCUGUCUGGACUGUGUAUCUGGGACAGUAGGUUAGUGACAGACGUCAGUGAAGUAUACAGCACAAACUGAUUGGUAUUGGGCAUCCACGUGUCUUUAGAAAACAGUUAAAAUCUUUCUGGCUGACUGCUAACAGUCAGUGUAUUUUUCUGGAGCUGCAGUUGGAAUAGUAGACAGUAAACUAUGGUAGUGAUAGUUUUUAUAAACACUUCAUAACAGUGAGUGUAUUUUGUAUGGUGAAAAUAAUACAUCUGGGACAGUAGGUUAGUGACAGACGUCAGUGAAGUAUACAGCACAAACUGAUUGGUAUUGGGCGUCCACGUGUCUUUAGAAAACAGUUAAAAUCUUUCUGGCUGACUGCUAACAGUCAGUGUAUUUUUCUGGAGCUGCAGUUGGAAUAGUAGACAGUAAACUAUGGUAGUGAUAGUUUUUAUAAACACUUCAUGACAGUGAGUGUAUUUUGUAUGGUGAAAAUAAUACAUAUCAACUGAAUCAUUCCUAGGAUCAUCAUUUCAUGUGUGCAUACUGAUAUCAUUCACUAAUUUAAACCGUUUACAGACAACACUGAACUUUAAAACUUUAAAGGUUCUACAAUUUAUUUCUAUUGUGGUUCCAAAUGAAAGAUUUAUUGGUACUGGCUAAAAUUAGUAAAUAAAAAUACAUUUGCUAGUAAUUUCUAGUCACAUUGUAUUAAUAUGGAUAUAUAUCUGUAUUGAUUUGUUAUCAGUGGUUUGCAUGGAGGUAAUAGAGAACAUUUUUAAAAGAGGUUUCUGUCACUUGUUUCGUGUUUCAUGAUGAUUUAAAGUAUUGCCAAAACAUGCAUACUAUUACUAGAUUUUGUCUGAGAUUUUAAAAUAUGUGUAAAACUAAUUUACUCAAGUGUGCCUUCAUGACAUAUGCAAAGAGCAUUUCGUUAACUAUCCAUAACAUAACGUCUUCAUUCAUUUCACGCGAUCCUUUUUGCCAUUCAUGAAUGCCAUUAAAAUAUUCUUCGCAUCAUUUUCAGUAUUUUAUACUCGCCUUCGUAUUUUGUACCCCCUGUGUUAGUUUUUAUUAGACAAAGAUUUUGUUAAUUUUGUACUGUUAUCGAGUUCUGUAUGUUGACAUGUUUAUGUGUAUUGUCGUGUCCUGUGAAUACUUUUAACAUUAUGAAAUUAUACAUCAGUCUGAAUUUAUAACAGAUUAUUAUAUUUUCACAGAUUCUAGUGAUCUGAUAGGAAUUUGUAGUAAAGAUAGUUGUGACUGGGUGUAAUGUAUGCUGUUAACACUGAAUAACGAAUGGUUUGGUGCUGUGACUAUGUAUUUUUAUUGUGCAUUUUUGUUUCCUUGUAUCACAUUGUUGUAUUCACUUUAUGUUAGAAUCACAAGCUCACAUAAUAUUUUUAAAAAGACUUUAAAAAAAGGGUGAAAGUUUCCUUCAAGUUAAAUUUCUUAACCACUGACUGCUAACAUUAUACAUGAUUAUGACAAGUCAUUUUUGGAUGACGUUUUGUUAAAUGUUUGAGGGUUGUAAGAAAACCCUAGCAAUUUAAACUGACUGAGAUGGCCAGUAUGGAUUCCAAGCCUAUCUGUCAUUUAGUCUUUCAAACCAGUUUGUGUUAUACUAAAAACACAAGUUUGUUUCAUAGUAACCCCACACUAUGUGUUUAGUUAUCCAGAACUGAGAUCAGUGAGACACAAUUUGAUAAUUGAGGUGAUGAUGAUGAUAACUAGUUUAACUUGUCCAUAUAUCACUAGGGUUUCGAACACGCCCAUCCCGAGUCCGACCUCCGAUAAGAUUGGUGGCCUGACUCGGGAUGGAGGGUGUGUGUG